GAAUGAAGAUGGAUGUCAUCUGCUUGUGGCAGUGAAAUGGCUGUUUCAUGUAGACCAACUUACAUAGCGACUGUGAGUCGAUUCUGGUCUCCUUCUCCUACUUGCUUAUCUGCAUCUUCUCCUCUCCAACCCAACUCGUUCUUACUCAGCAGAAUUAGCUCUUUCUUCACGCCUUCCUCCAACAUACACACGCGAAGCUCCAAGACAAUGGCUUCUUUGCAUGCUACGGAUGAGAAGUUUACUCAACAGAAAAUAACUGCUCCUUAUGGUUCCUGGAAGUCUCCGAUCACCGCCAACGUUGUCUCCGGUGCCUCCAAGAGACUCGGCGGCACCGCCGUCGACUCCCACGGCCGCCUCAUCUGGCUCGAAUCUCGCCCUUCCGAAUCCGGGCGGGGGGUUCUUGUGAAGGAAGCUGACAUUGAAGGAGGUGAAGCUACUGACAUAACGCCGAAAGAUUUUGCGGUGCGUACGUUGACCCAGGAAUAUGGAGGUGGUGCCUUCAGGGUUUCUAGAGACGAUAUCGUCGUGUUCUCCAACUACAAGGAUCAGAGACUCUACAAGCAGCGUAUCAAUCAUCAAGAUUCCUCUCCUAUACCAAUUACCCCUGAUUAUGGCGCACCAGUUGUCACCUAUGCAGAUGGGGUAUUUGAUCCACGCUUUAACCGUUAUGUCACUGUGAGAGAAGAUGGUCGUGAAAGUAGAGUAAACUCAACCACGGAAAUUGUAGCGAUAGACCUAAACAAUGAUACAGUUGAAGAACCAAAAGUUUUAGUAAGUGGAAACGACUUCUAUGCCUUCCCACGUCUGGAUCAGAAGGGUGAACGGUUGGCAUGGAUUGAAUGGGGCCAUCCUAAUAUGCCAUGGGAUAAAGCAGAAUUAUGGGUUGGCUAUAUAUCUGAGGAUGGAUAUGUCCAAAAACGUAUUUGUAUUGCUGGUUAUGAUCCUCAAGUUGUGGAGUCUCCAACUGAACCCAAGUGGUCAUCUAAAGGAGAACUAUUCUUCAUUACUGACAGGGAAAGUGGAUUUUGGAAUGUCCAUAAAUGGAUUGAAUCUAGCAAUCAGGUGCUACCAGUUUAUUCUCUGGAUGCUGAGUUCACGAGACCAUUAUGGGUUUUCGGCCUUAACUCCUAUGAAGUUAUUGGGAGCCAUGGAGAAAAGAAUUUGCUUGCUUGUAGCUACAGGCAGAAUGGGAGGUCAUAUCUUGGCGUUCUGGAUGAUGUGAACGGCUUAUGUUCUCUGCUUGAUAUACCGUUUACGGAUAUAGAUAACAUUACUUUUGGGAAUCAAUGCCUGUAUGUUGAAGGAGCAUCUGCAGUUCAUCCAUUAUCAGUGGCUAAAGUGACUCUAGACGACAGUAAAUCAAAAGCAAUUGAUUUCAAGAUUGUUUGGUCUUCUUUACCUGAUAGUUUGAAGUAUGAAUCAUACUUCAGCUUGCCAGAGUUGAUUGAAUUUCCAACAGAAGUUCCUGGUCAGAUUGCUUAUGCAUACUACUACGCCCCAUUUAAUCCCUUUUACCAAGCCAGCGAGGAAGAGAAGCCGCCAUUGUUAUUAAAAAGUCAUGGAGGACCUACUGGUGAAACACGUGGAAGCUUAAAUCUAAGUAUCCAGUUCUGGACUAGUCGAGGAUGGGCAUUUGUCGAUGUUAACUAUGGUGGAAGCACUGGUUAUGGCAGAGAAUUCCGGGAACGACUUUUGGGGCAAUGGGGAAUUGUGGACGUUAAUGAUUGUUGCAGCUGUGCUAAACAUUUGGUGGACAGUGGGAAGGCUGACCCAAAACGACUUUGUAUAACUGGAGGUUCUGCUGGUGGUUACACAACCUUAGCUGCACUAGCUUUCAGAAAUACAUUCAAGGCUGGGGCUUCCCUGUAUGGCGUAGCUGACCUAAGCUUGUUGGGAGCAGAGACACACAAAUUUGAAUCCUGCUACAUUGAUAACCUUGUUGGAGGUGAAAAGGAAUACCGUGAGAGAGCGCCAAUAAAUUUUGUUGAUAAGUUUUCUUGCCCUAUUAUUUUAUUCCAAGGAUUGGAAGACAAGGUAUGGACCUAGUUUUUUUUUCCUUAAAUAAGAUCAACAACUAGUAAUUCUUUUAAGUCCACAACUAUCAACAACUACUGAUCUUUUGAUGUCCUACUUUCUCAGAACGAUUAGUAGACUUAUAAGUUGCAAAAGUUCAAUCUGAUUUUUGAAAAAUUCUCACGCUAUUCAUGAACUUAAUUGUUUCCGUAUAAUCAUUUUUUGGUCAUUAUAUCGAGAGACUUGAAGCUAAUAACUAUGACUGUUAUUUUG